UUUUGUUGGGCAGGGAAGCGGCUGCCGUCGCGGCCAGCCAGCUCUAAAGAGGCGCCGGCGGAGCAGGCGGCUCGUCUGGGCCCCUGUCUGCCGCUGGCUGAGGCACGGGCGCGGAAUGUUAAUCAGGCAGCUGCUCGGCGAGACUGCGGGGCGGCCAGGGCAGGGGGAGCCACCGAGCUUCCCCCUCGCUCCCUCCGUCCCUCCCUCCUUGCCAGAACAAUCCGCCAGGCUGGGAGGCGCGCACGCAGACGCGGCGGCACACAGCACAGAGCCAUCUGCCAGCGCCAUCCGCCGCUAGCCGUCCGUCUGUCCUCCUGAGCCAGAAAGGCCUCCCCUCUCGUCGUCUUUGGCCGCCCCCUCCAUUGCCGCGCGGCUCGUUUUUUCCCAUCCCACGAUAGGCUCGGCCUUUGGGGAAGAUGUCGUACCAAGGCAAGAAGAACAUCCCUCGGAUCACGAGUGACCGUCUGCUCAUAAAAGGAGGAAAGAUUGUCAACGAUGAUCAGUCAUUUUAUGCAGAUAUUUAUGUGGAAGAUGGCUUGAUUAAACAAAUGGGGGAAAAUCUUAUUGUUCCUGGAGGUGUAAAAAUGAUUGAUGCUUAUGGCCAGCUAGUUAUGCCAGGUGGAAUAGAUGUCCACACUAGGUUACAGAUGCCUGUAAUGGGAAUGACCUCUGCUGAUGACUUCUAUCAAGGAACAAAAGCAGCUCUGGCAGGAGGAACCACCAUGAUUCUUGACCAUGUAUUUCCUGAAUCUGGAGCAAACCUUCUGACUGCCUAUGACCAGUGGAGGGAGUGUGCUGACAGUAAAGCAUGUUGUGAUUAUUCUCUGCAUAUUGACAUCACACGUUGGCAUGAGAGCAUCAAAGAAGAGUUGGAGGCUCUUGUCAAAGACAAAGGUGUGAACUCCUUUCUUGUUUUCAUGGCUUAUAAAGACAAACUCCAGUGCACUGAUGCUCAGAUGUAUGAGAUAUUCAGUAUUAUUCGAGAUCUGGGUGCCAUUGCCCAAGUCCAUGCUGAAAAUGGAGACAUCAUUAAUGAGGAACAAAAAAGAUUAUUGGAGCUGGGGAUUACUGGUCCGGAGGGUCAUGUUCUCAGUCAUCCAGAAGAGGUUGAAACAGAGGCAGUGUUUCGUGCCAUUACAAUAGCGAAGCAAGCCAAUUGCCCCUUGUAUGUCACAAAAGUCAUGAGCAAAGGGGCUGCGGAUGUCAUAGCUCAAGCCAAGAAAAAAGGCACAGUUGUGUAUGGAGAGCCAAUUACAGCCAGCCUUGCUACAGAUGGCUCGCAUUACUGGAGCAAGAACUGGGCAAAAGCUGCAGCCUUUGUGACAUCUCCUCCCAUUAGCCCAGACCCUAUGACACCUGAUUAUCUCACUUCACUCUUAGCAUGUGGGGAUCUUCAAGUGGUAGGCAGUGCCCACUGCACCUUCACCACAGCACAGAAGGCAGUCGGGAAGGAUAACUUCACCCAUAUCCCAGAAGGUACAAAUGGCAUUGAAGAACGAAUGUCAGUCAUUUGGGAAAAGUGUGUGGCAACAGGGAAGAUGGAUGAAAAUGAAUAUGUAGCAGUGACUAGUACAAAUUCAGCCAAGAUUUUCAACUUUUACCCCCGGAAGGGACGGAUUGCGGUGGGUUCUGAUGCUGAUUUGGUUAUUUGGAAUCCUAAAGCUACAAAGAUCAUCUCUGCGAAAACUCACAACUUGAAUGUGGAGUACAACAUCUUUGAAGGAACAGAAUGUCACGGUGUUCCUACAGUGGUUAUAAGCCAAGGGAAAGUUGUGCUUGAAGAUGGAAAUCUCUUUGUCACCCAGGGUGUUGGCCGCUUCAUCUCUCGAAAGACAUUCCCUGAUUUUGUUUACAAAAGAAUAAAAGCAAGAAACAGGCUUGCAGAAAUUCAUGGUGUUCCUCGUGGGCUUUACGAUGGACCAGUUCAUGAUGUCAUAGUAACUUCAAAAGCUGUGGCCCCAACUCCUACCUCAAGAAUAGCUUCCUGUUCGGGGAAAAUACAAAUUCCUCCAAUCCGUAACCUACAUCAAUCAGGCUUCAGCCUGUCUGGCUCUCAAGCCGAUGAUCACGUUGCAAGACGUACUGCGCAGAAAAUUAUUGCACCCCCAGGUGGACGCUCCAAUAUCACAUCUCUGUCAUAAUCUCAAGAUUUGAUGAAUGUGUGCACGUAAGAGUGACAAUAACUGACUGGGCAUGGCCAGGCACACUUAAGCUGCAAUCCUACACCCACUUACUGGAGAAUAAGCCCCAUUCACCUUGAUGAAAGGUACUUCCAGGUAGACAUGUGUAGGAUUCCACUGUUGAACACUUUUAAGUCCCAUUGCUUUAAUCUUACCCCACUAAAAUCAAUGUAACUUUCAAGUAUUUGUCUUGGAUAG